AUGUAAAAUCCCCAAAUCGCGCACGGUCCCACAAAAUGCGUUUUUUGAAUGAAAAGAGGAGAAAUCCGUGAAAGUGUGGUGAAGUAACAGUUUCAGUGUGACGAUGAGCGACAAAAAAGGGGACAAAUUCAACGAUCACGGCAAAGACCGAGACAGAUCCAGGUCACCACACCGCCGCCCGGAAAACGUGGCACUUGACGCGAAAAAACGCCUCAAAACGAUGGGAAUCCAAAUGAAACUCAGCUCACAAAAGCAAACUGCGAAGCCCAAACUGACCAUAGCCGCAGCUUUUAACCAAGAGAGUGACGAGGAACCCGAGGAGAUGCCCCCAGAGGCCCGAAUGAGGAUGCGGAAUAUUGGACGGGACACCCCCACGUCAUCGGGCCCUAACUCAUUUGGCAAAACCAAACAAGGAUUUUCAGAGUCGAAAAAACCGUUCGAUCAAAGCCCGGACAGGGCUAACAACACAGCUAAAUGAGAGCACAGUUACCUGAGCGUUUUUGCAAUAAUUUAUUAAUUUAUGUAUAUUGUGUCAGUGAGGAGAAAUAAACAAGUCGUGAUUA